UUUUUUUUUCAUGUAGUUGAUCCUUUUUUUUCUGUGUUCCUCUUCAUUUGUGAUCAUGUCACCUACUUUGAGUGAUGCCAAGAAGGAUUUGUACAAACUAUUGGGGCUGGAGCGUGAAACAGCUACCGAAAAGCAAAUCAAGUCAUCGUACCGAAAGCUUGCACUCAAGUACCAUCCCGACAAACUCAAGAGUAAUGUGUCUGACGAUGAAAAGCAAGAAGCGGUCGACAUGUUCCAGCAAAUCGGCGUUGCUUAUAGCAUUCUGAGCGAUCCCAAGAAAAAAGCCAUUUACGAUCGCACAGGGAACAUCAACAGCGACGGCUUCUUGGAUAGUGAUAAAGACUGGACAGAAUAUUUCAAAGAAUUGUGGACCGGCGUGGUGAGCGCAGAAACAAUCGAUGCACAUGCCAAGAAAUAUCGACGUAAGUGUUAAGUGUGCAGAUGCUUUUUGAACUGGUCAGACUUAUCGUGCGUGUGCAAUUGUACAUUAGAUUCGGCCGAAGAAAGAGGCGAU